AGGACGACCUGCGACAGGACGCAGUGAUGCAGCAGGUCUUCGGCAUGUGCUCCAUGCUGCUGCAGCGCAAUACAGACACACGCAAGAGGAAGCUCAACAUCAGACGAUACAAGGUGGUGCCUUUCUCACAGCGCAGUGGCGUGUUAGAGUGGUGCUCUGGGACGGUGCCCAUCGGGGAGUUUCUGGUGGAGCCCAAUAAAGGAGCUCACAAACGCUUCCGACCCCAAGAUUGGGCCAGCCUAGCCUGCCGGAGGAAGAUGUUGGACGCUCAGAGACUUGCAUUCGACGAGAAGCUGCAGGCCUACAACGAGGUGUGCACGAAGUUCAGGCCGGUCUUUAGGUAUUUCUGCAUGGAACGGUUCCUGGAUCCCGCAGUGUGGAUGGAGAAGCGGCUGGCUUACACUCGCAGUGUGGCCACCUCCUCUAUAGUUGGCUACAUCGUGGGUCUGGGUGACAGACACAUCCAGAACAUACUGAUCGACGAACAGACUGCAGAACUGGUGCACAUCGAUUUAGGUGUGGCCUUUGAGCAAGGCAAGAUCCUCCCCACCCCUGAGACUGUCCCCUUCAGACUCUCCAGAGACAUUGUGGACGGUAUGGGCAUCACUGGAGUGGAGGGAGUUUUCAGGAGAUGCUGUGAGAAGACGAUGGAGGUGAUGAGAAGUUCUCAAGAAGCUCUGUUGACUAUUGUGGAGGUGCUGCUGUAUGACCCUUUGUUUGACUGGACCAUGAACCCCCUGAAAGCUUUUUACCUGCAGCAUGACGAGCAGCAGGAGCUCAACGCAACGCUAAGCUCCACUAUGGGGGGAGAUGACAUAGACAACAGCCGUAAAUCCAGCAGUGACAGUCAGAGCUUCAACAAGGUGGCGGAGCGGGUGCUGCUGCGGCUGCAGGAGAAGCUCAAGGGAGUGGAAGAGGGAACGGUGCUCAGCGUGGGAGGACAGGUCAACCUGCUCAUCCAGCAAGCCAUGGACCCCAAAAACCUUAGCAGACUUUUCCCAGGAUGGCAGGCCUGGGUGUAGACUGGAAAAAAGUGAUAUCAGGGAAAAAGUGCAAAAAAAAAAAAAAGAAGUUUAUUUUGGUUGAAAAAAAGAGAGGUGGGAAUUUUCAUUCCUUUUUGUACGACUCUAAUAAAACUGACUCAACAGAUCAACAUUAGGAAUCAAGCCAAAUCACAAAAAUUAUUAAAAAAGACCAAAUAAAUGUGUGUGUGUGUGUGUGUGUGUGUGUGUGUGUGUGUGUGUGUGUGUGUGUGUGUGUGUGUGUGUGUGUGUGUGUGUGUGUUUGGAAGGCUGACAUGUUUGCUGUGCAUGUUUUAUGUUUCACCCAGAUGAAUGUGAAUGUUGCUAAGUGACUGUAUGAAUGUGAAGUACCAUUUAAAGCCUUCUCCAGGCGUCAUUUCAUGUCUGUUCUUUAUUAUCAGGUAAAAUGUUUUUGUUCUUUUCCUGUGCAUUGAAUAUAAGGCUGCUUUGUCAAAUGAGUACUGUAUCAUUAAAUAAAUAAAAAAGCAGUCAAUCCAAAA